UGAUAACAAAAUUAAACAAAGUCCAAAACCCAAAUAAGAUAAAUCAAAGCCAAUCCCAAGAGUCAAAGACUUCUGUAACAAACCAAAGUGUGUGUUAGUUACUUCACAUUGUUCACAAUUAUGGCUACUCUUCUUGGUCUCCAAAGCCACUUGGCCCUUCCCAAAACGACGGUAAAACCCUUUGCUGUACUAAACAAAGCUGAUAAAAUGCGAAUCCCGUUCCAGCUGAAGCAAGGGCAGAACCGCCGUUACCACCAGCUGCCUUCUGGUCUGAACAUGGAGGUGAUUGAACAAACGAGAGAGAGCAACGAUAAGGUAAACCCACCUUUGGUUUUUGUUCAUGGAAGCUACCAUGCAGCUUGGUGCUGGGCUGAACAUUGGUUGCCUUUCUUUUCUGCUUCUGGGUUUGAUUGCUAUGCUGUUAGCUUACUGGGUCAGGGUGAAAGUGAUGCACCUCCUGGUACUGUUGCUGGUUCUCUCCAGACACAUGCAGAUGAUGUGGCUGACUUCAUCAAGAAAAACCUCAGCUUGCCUCCCAUCCUGCUUGGGCAUUCAUUUGGAGGGCUAAUUAUUCAGAACUAUAUUGCAAGGCUAAAAAAUGAACAAACUAUAGAACUGAAAACUCCAUAUCCAGAAUUGGGGGGAGCCGUGCUUGUUUGCUCUGUGCCUCCUUCAGGCAACAGUGGGUUAGUGUGGCGGUACCUGUUUACCAAACCUAUUGCUGCUAUUAAGGUGACGCGUAGCUUGGCGGCUAAAGCUUUUCAGACAGAUUUGUCUCUUUGUAAGGAAACAUUUUUCUCUUCAACAAUGGAAGAUCAUCUUGUCCUACGUUAUCAGGAGUUGAUGAAAGAAAGUUCAAGGAUGCCAUUGUUUGACCUGAGGAAGCUAAAUGCAUCACUUCCAGUUCCUUCAGUGCCGAAAUCUUCUAUCGAAAUUCUUGUUUUGGGUGCAAAGGAUGACUUUAUAGUGGAUGUGGAAGGACUCAGCGAAACAGGCAAGUUUUAUGGCGUGUCACCGGUCUGUGUCGAAGGGAUUGCCCAUGACAUGAUGUUGGAUUGUUCAUGGGAGAGAGGUGCAGCAGUUAUACUGUCAUGGUUAGAUGGUUUAAGCAGAUAGAACCCAGUUUCCUAUGGAGGAAACCCAUUGAGGCCAUUACUUGAUCUGUUUCAAGUGAGUGCACACACAUAGGUUUGCUUUUUCAAGCAGUAUCAUUUCAAGGCAAUAUGAAUAUGAAUUCUUGCUUCUUUUAAGCAGUUGUUGAGGCUAAGCCAAUAAUUGGCCUAGGAAGAGUUACCCAGAGAUGAAUUUAUCUUAAAAUAAUAUUUUGCUGAUAAUUUAAGCAGUUGUUAAAUUUUCAAA